GUUUGGAUGAUGCGGGGAUGCGCCGUGAAACAACAUCUUUUCCAUCGAGACGCGCUCUUGGUGCAAGCGCCAGAGCUGCAGAGGCUGUGCGAGUGGCGAGUGACGAGCCCUUUCACCUCAGGGGCCGGCGUGGCAGCCAGCAUGAAUUGGAAACUGGCCUCGUUGCAGGAGGCUUGGAAUCAGCACAAGAGAGGUGGGGGCCACUCAGAGGCCACAGCAGUUGAGGAGCCGGCCGCAGAGGCCACAGUUGAGGAGCCGGCCGCAGAGGCCACAGUUGAGGAGCCGGCCGCACAGGCCGCAGUUGAGGAGCCGGCCGCACAGGCCGCAGUUGAGGAGCCGGCCGCAGAGGCCGCAGUUGAGGAGCCGGCCGCAGAGGCCACAGUUGAGGAGCCGGCCGCAGAGGCCGCAGUUGAGGAGCCGGCCGCAGAGGCCGCAGUUGAGGAGCCGGCCGCAGUCAAGGAGCCAAGGCCCAUGGAAGCUGUUGAUGCCGUGAAAGUUGGACAGAGCCCGGACCCUCCAUGUAGGCAAGUGCCCUCUGAGGAGUUGCAACUGGCUGCGAUCGCUCAGCAGCUCGUGCAAUUGCCGCGGAGUGAGAGGAUCUCUCGGCUGGAGGUGUUGGUCUCUUCAUGGAAGUCCCAAGAUGAUUCUUUCUGCCUCCCGAAGGCGGUCGAAGUCAAUGUCCGUGAGGAGCCUGCCAAGAAGACCAAGGCCGUCGCCGAGCCUGCCAGGGAGAAGCCGCCUUUGAAGAAGCGUCGGAACUACUACCUCCAGGAGGUGGACCUCUGGAGACAGCGCGUGCUUUGCGCCGCACAGGCCGCGGUGCCGGACAGCCCGCUCGGUAUCAAGGCUUACCAAAGCAUGGAGGAGCUGCUGCGCCACUUCAAGACCAUCCGCCCGGAGUGUGACUGGGAGACGGUGGACAAUGACUGGGUAGAGCAGGAGCAGGUUCGGUUCCAGCUCAGUGCGUACCUGUCGGCCGGCGUGGAGUCCGUGGACUAUCUCGCGGCCCAGUUGCUGCCCGGGCACGUGCUGAACAACGGUGUGCUUGUGUUGGACACAUACAAGUGCGUCCCAACAUCUACCAGGCACACCGAAACCGCCAUGUUUGACGAGGGCAAGGGCCGCUGGACUUUGGCGAAAUCGGCGCACGCCGAGACGACGCUGGCUGAUGUGGUGAAGCAGGUCUACAUCGACUCGACGCCGGAGGACUGGGUCGGCCUCCCCCCCAAGGUGGCGUUCCAGAUCGCCUUGCUCCGCAAGGUGGCGAAUACCGCGAUGGAAAAGGGGCUCUACGAUCCCUACUUCUUCGCAGAGCUGGACGGCAAUAAGUACCGUGACUUCUUGUUGUUUCUGGAUGGCUGGGCGCUGCACGUACCAACCAUGCAGGCCACCAGAGGCCGCAGGGACUUGCGGAUGAGCCGCUCACUGGGGAUCUCCUACCCCGGUGACUUGACGCACAAGCUGGACGUUUUGAACGUCGCCGCCCUCCUGGAGGAGGUGGCCUGCUUUGAGGACGGCCUGCCGGAGAAAGACUACACCAGCGAGGACAUGUUCCCCCAGACCUUGGCAGACCGCCUGUGGAACCUCUCCCAGCACCCGGAGUUUGCAGCCCUCCGGUUCCUCUUCAGCUCGCACGAGUCAUGGCCCAGGGUCCUUUUCCUGCUGAAGUUUGCCGCCUUCCAGCUGUUCCACGAAAAGCUUGGAGGAUGGGAUGCUUUGGGUCGGCGCUGGGAAGAACGGCAAGAACGCCUGGAUGUGCUCACGAAGCCGCCGCAACCGCCGGAUGAGGCGGCGCCUGUGCGCUUCGGCCUCAGGGGAAGGCGGUUGCUGUGGUUCAACGAGCUGGAGGAGAAGCACCCCAUUCAGAGCACGAUUUUCAAGGACUUCCGCGACCACGCAACGACCUUGACGGCUCGCACACUGUACGGGGACAACGUUGACUUCAACGUCACUUGGGGCAUGGUGCUUGCCACCAACAGUAGGGUGUCCUGGACCGCCGAGGAUGGCGGCGUUGGGAGGUCGCUGACGAAGGUGCGGUGGCCAUUGCGGUUUGUCGCCCCGGGCAUGCCGCUUGGUCCGAAUGACCGAGUCGUGGAUUUGCGGUGGAAGGCGACGGCUGUCGUGGAUAGCGUCGCCCCGGGGCUGCUUUACCUGCUGCUCCAGGUCUACAAAGUCUUUCUGCCCCGGCUCACAGACACCCAGAUCCACCCGCGACCGCAUUGUGUGGUCCUUGAGACCGGCGAUUCGUCGGAGACGUUCUAUGCGAGCAAGGCCGUGGCUAACUUUGUGGAGACCACGGGAACGCUGCCCAAGAGCGGCCCUGACUGCCUUGGAUGGCAGGCUGCUUUGGAGGCCUUCACGGCCAGUGCUCGGGGCAUCAACCGGGUAGGCGCGAGGGAUAUCUUCAAGGCAGAGUUCGAGGCACACAAGUACUGCGGGAAGUUGCUGGCAAAGCACCGUGAGACCAAGGCUUUCCUUGCCAGCUCAAAGCGGUGA